UUAGGUUGGUAAGAAUACACUCAGCAGAUACAACCCAGCGCUAAUACCUUAACUGCUCUGACACGCACACACGGGGAGGGGGAGAGAGAGAGAGAAGAGCUUUAGGGAGGAUUUGCUCCGUAUUAGCCCUGAGAGGGGACAGGGCCAGCCGGAGUACAAGGAAGACAGACUGGACAGGCGUGUAAACAGACACCUGUUUUAUUUUGCACACAACAACAUGGCAGCAGUAAAGCGAGAGGCCGCGUAGGGUCAUCAACAGCCAAUGACUCCAAAGAGCGACACUGCAAGAAAGAAAUCUGAAGAUGUCAACCUGAGAAAGUUUCACCAGCCGGUGGAGCAUGGAGCUGAAUGGGACACCCUAAUAUGCCACCCACGUACACCUACCCAAGUCCCUGCAGCAAGAAAAGUAGAUCCAGUGAAAUACAACCCUACACACCAAAUGACAACCUGAACAAUGCGUUGGGCUCUAUCAGAGUCCUGGGGUUGGAACUGAUCGCACAUGAACUUGAGCCACAUCUGAACACAGUGCUGACCAACAUUAAGGAGAGGAUGGCAGCUUUAUCAGAAGAGCUCCCCAUUUGGAACGAUAAAACCGGGAGCAAACAUCACACCGAGAAAGGCGCUGCUGAGCAGGUAGUGAUCAGUGGGAUUCUGCCCAUCCUGGCCCUGUCUCUGAGGAGCAGAGGGCCUCUCACUCUGCCCACCGUAAAACUUGUGGCUGAACUGGCCAAGGAGUCUGUGGUUCGUAAAGGUUUCGGUGAUGCUGGUUUAGCUCCGGCUCUGCUGUCUGUGCUGACCAGUCCAGACCAAGAACUGCUACUCCACGCUGCAAGAGCCAUCUCACGCAUGUCUUAUGACAGCUCCAAGCUGCAGCACCUGCUGCUCCGCCGGGGUGCAGUGCCAAGCCUGGUCGCCAUCUUGCUCCGUUUCCAUGAUAAGGAGGCCCUGGAGGAAGUGUGUCUGCAGGCGCUCUGUAACAUCAGUGGCAUGGGAGUUGCAGAGGAGGCAGGCAUGGUCUGGGAGAGGGGUGCAUCUGUGAGGCCGGGGGAGACUGUUUUUCACGGCGUUUCUCCUCACACCUGUGAUUUUGCCUCUUCUGUGACUCUGGUGUGUGUGUCUCAAUGGGCCCCGGGUCAAUAUGCAGUCAACAUUGAGGUUUUCCAGCGCUGCUCCUCCUGUUUCUGGAGCCUUCAUGGUAACAAACGGACCGCUCGUUGGUUUCCCUUCUUCAGAUUGGGAAGCUUUUCUAAUCUGUUCAAGACAAUCAGGUUCUCUACGAGGAGUGUUCCUGGAUCGAAAAGUCUGAAAACUCGCGUGUUUCACACUUUCCUCUGACAUCUUAUAAAACUCUGGAGGGAUAACUACAACCUCUCUGAUUAACUCAACAAUUAUUGGUACACACCAAAAACAUCAGGGAAAUGUUUACACCUUAUACACUUGGACAUUUUCUUAAAAUGGUUAAGUGUCUCUUGUCUAUUCCUGUUUGAUUUUAUCUGGCUGACUUUUUUUGUGGCAAUUCUCUGACAUCCUCUCAGAACCACCUGUAUUACUAGAGUCUGACACUAGAUGGCAUGCAUGUGCUUUGUGGAAAGAAAUGUAGUCUUUGUGCAUUGCAAUAGUUGCACAGAUGCCUACUCACAUGGACUGAACCUGAUAAUGACAAGCUGUCUGACUGCACAUCUCAGUAGAUAUUCUCAGAUAUUUACAUAGAUUUAAUUUGUUUACUUUCCCUUACUGGUGAUUUGACUGUUUUGAAUUGAGCGCUUGCUCUUUGACUGUAAAUCUGUUAAAUACAAAUCCCGACACAUAGAUAGAUAUAACUGCAUCCCCCUUCUCAAUCGUUCUCCAAUUCCUCUUCCUCUAAUUACUUCUCUUAUUGCUUCUCUCCUGCUUCAGGCGUGCCAACGUAGGGGCACGCCCUAUAAUCAAUCCUUACUUUAUUACUCUGGGAGCCACUUAAAUAUUUCAUUUGAUAGAGAUAUGGCUUUGGAAUUAUUUACAGCUGGACAACAGGCCCACACACCUAUUCUUGAUCUGGUAGAUGACUGUGCACUUGUUACACAGAGCACAAAGUGCAACUAAAACAUAUUAAGAGCAUUAUGAACAGACUAAUAGGAAGCGAUAUUCUUAUAAUAAGAUGACAGACUUUAAUUGGUCAGGUCAAAGAAGAUUUGUUGAUGUCCUCUUGACUUGCUUGUUUUAGGGUUUGGGUAGUGUGAACACAUUUAAAUAAUGAAAACACAUCUGGAAAAAAAGAACCAUUUAAAGUGAAUAUUAAACAUGUAAAUGUUUGAUCUAAUGUCCUUUGUUUUGACAGCGUUUAAGUUGGGUACCUGUUUAAGCCCCUCAUUUCAUGAGUUGCCACAUUCACAGCUGCCAUAGUGAUUUUCCUCAAAGAUAUAUCUGUCAAUCAGGGUUUUUAUCAAAAAAUGACAAUAUCCUGAAGGUUGGUCUAGAUGAAAAAAUAUAUCUAUAAUUAAACAAAAAUUUGUAAUACAUUUUCCAAGUUGUGCAUCUUUCUCCUAACAAAGUUGGGAGAUAUCUAGACAAUAUACAUCUCAUUGAUAAAUCAAACAGCAAAGAAAUAUGAACCUGACUUAAACCUUGUAUCUAUGGUUUUUUGCAUUUAAAGACAACCCACACUCUGCGAACACAAUGCUAAUGCAGGCUCUUGAAAUGCUAAGUUAAACUAACUCAGCAGCAAAGUGGGUAGCAUGCAGAGCUUUGUAAGGCUAAACAAAAGAGUUCGAUACUUUUUCUCUGUACUAGGUUUAUUGACAUUUGUUAAUUCAGAAUUUCUUUGACAUUUGGUGUUGAGCUAGCUAACAUGAGCUUAUUAGCUAAAUGUGGUAGCAGCAGUGGAGCUAGCUUAAAAGAGUCAGCGCACAUGCGAUACAGAUGAGUAAAAAUCACAUUAAACAAGUGUCAUAAGGAAAAUAACAACAUUAAAUACAUGUAUUUGUCCAUGUACACAUGUUUGUAUAGUUCAUACAAUGUAUCCUAUGUCAUUUAUAUUUCACACUUUGUAGUUCUAUGUGGAUUAGGAUAUAUAAAUGCUAAAAGUUACAUAUUUUAUUGCCCACUGCUGUCAAGAAAAUACAUAUUUUUUAGUCUUUGCAUCAACACAUGAUGCGUGAAACACAGAAAGUGUUUAAUCAAUAGCUCCUCUUCCACUCUGUAAUAGGAGGCGCAGGAAGCUGCAUAUAUUACUUUUAAUAUAAGACUGAUUAAUAAUGCAUGAUGAACUUUGCAUUAAAUGCCCUCAAACCCAGAGAACAUAGCUCGAGCCUGUUUUAUUGCUUGUCUUUGCAAAUUAGUCAUUUAAACUUUAAUUCUCUUGUUGAUUUCUGUAGAAACAACUGUGUGUAAUUGCAUUAGGACUUCAUGGGGCUGAGAUUCUUAUUACUGCUUUUGUCAUUUCUUUAUUGUGGCCUCGGUUAUUGUUAGCCUGUAGCAUCCUUCAGCAUUCGACAACAAUCAUCUACCUUGUUGACAACACAUACUCGCUCUAUUGAUAUGGACACACAAACAAACCGCAAAAUAUACUAGCAGGCACAGAGAUACCGAACACAGUGAAUGCAAUCAUUUUGAUAGAUCCUUCCUCAGGGGUUUGACACUUGUCUUUAAACAUAACAGGUUUGAUUGUCAGGUGGAUAAAAUGAUGGACCCCUGAUUCUUUGCCUCUCUGACACACAGCCGGCUCAAUACUCACUUAUUGACCUUUGUGACAGGUUGAUGACAUCUUUCAUCUGCAGAGACUACAGAAUUAGCAUUUGCGAAUCGAUACCUCUGACAAGCAGAAGUGAAUUCUUAGACGGAUCCACUUAACUGUGUUGCGUGCCAUUCUUGCAGCGGAUAGCGUUGGCCUCGGCCUCAGAGAGAAGAGCUUGUGAGGACAGUUUAAGCCAAAUGUGAUUGGGAAGUGAUAUUGACGGGCUCUUAAGAAAAGCACCUCAAGAACAAUAAAUGGUCUUUAAUGUCAUCUACAUAUUUUCAGAGAACUACCUCAAAUACUGUGUGAAUGGGCUGAU